UAUGUCGAGUUUGACGUUUGCAGCACCGUGUCUGACUCUUGAGCUGACGAAAGUCGUUCAUGGGAGUUUUCUCCAAUACUAUUUUUCGUGUUUUUAUGUAUUUUCCUUGUGUAUUAGGUCUUAAUAGUUAAGAAAGCAUAUUUUUCUUCAUCUGUCAGUGAAAGAGAAUUAAAAGCCGAAAAAAUGGACGAUUUGAUUACUCUUAUACGGACCGAAAUUCCGGAAGGAAGACAAAACCUCCAGGAAAGCUACACCAACCUGGAGCGGGUCGCUGAAUAUUGCGAAGAUACCUACUAUCGUUCCGACAACAAGAAAGCAUCCCUGGAGGAGACCAAAAAUUACACCACCCAGUCCUUGGCUAGUGUGGCCUAUCAAAUAAAUACACUGGCGUACAACUUCUUACAGCUGAUGGACCUUCAAGCCACUCAAAUAACGGAGAUGGAGUCUCAGAUGAAUCACAUCUCCCAAACCGUAAUGAUUCACAAGGAGAAGGUGGCCCGCCGGGAAAUAGGUGUCCUCACGGCUAACAAAGUUAGCACAAGACAGUACAAAAUAGUGGCCCCAUUGAACCCAGAGAAGCCUAUCAAAUACGUUCGUAAACCUAUUGAUUAUAGUUUGUUGGAUGAUAUUGGUCACGGUAUUGCGCUUACUAACAACAAUCAAAAAAAGCAUCGCGUGUCCAGUCAGGGAUCGAUUCAAUCACUUUCAGCUAACAUUUCUGUGGGUCCACCACCAACCACAAAACCGCCAACACCGCCACAGAUUACACGCAAUACCGGUCACACGGGAACUUUAGGAAAAUCAUCCGGAAAUACCGGAACGCUAGGCAAAGCUUCGCGGGAAUACCGAACGCCACCGGUUGUCGUUCCACCGCAAGUUCCAUCGCAUUACGCUCCAAAUUUCCCGGUAGGACAUCCUCGCCGCACAUCCGGUGGGGAACGUGGUCCUGGCUAUAGCGCUCUCCCGAUGCCAAUGCCACCGAGUCAGAUUGCAAUGCAUCAUCCACCGCAAGUCGGUAUGGUUCAUCCGAUGCCACCGUCGACGGUUCAACAUCAGUCGACCUUUGAUGAGCGCAAUAGUAUGCCUCCACCACCCUCACCGCUAACGAUGACUCAUGAAAUGCCUGAUCACGGUCACAUUGGAAUGCACACGCUCAGCCGCAACAUGCCCCGUCCGGGUUCACAGUCUCCACCAUUGCCACCGCCUCCACCACCGGAGGAAUCCGAUCAUGCCGAUUUUGGUCGACCGAGGAACACACAAAGCCUGGUGGCACCGAUUGUUCCAGCGGAUCAAAACCUACCCGGUUGGGUACCGAAGAAUUACAUCGAGAAAGUGGUUGCUAUCUAUGAUUAUUAUGCUGAUAAGGAUGACGAGUUAAGCUUCCAGGAGAGUUCUGUGUUGUAUGUGUUGAAGAAAAACGACGACGGCUGGUGGGAGGGUGUGAUGGACGGAGUCACCGGAUUGUUCCCUGGUAAUUAUGUAGAACCGUGCGUUUAAUUUGCUAUUAUAUUGCCGGAUAGUAUAGGAGCUCGAAUAUAAUAAGCUGAUGUCUAGUUACGCAAUAAAAUAGUAUUUAUCAAUAUAUAAAAUUACUUUCCCAUACAAAUUACAUUCGAUAUCGAUUUUGUUUAUUUUUAAAUGCUAGGAACAUAUACAGUCAUCUAAUGGAAAAAAUAAAGCCUUCGGUUAGGUCU